AGAUUAUGAGCAGGCCCCGUAAUCGCCUCCGCAAACAAUCCACCAGACCGGGACUCCUGCAGUGACCGGUCCCCAUAGUAACAACAUCGCCUUCUCAACCACUUGUCGUCAGCAAGUCACGUGACAAUUCCGUCAUCAGGUCCCAUGGGGCGCCCUAGUCUAGAGUGGUCAACCCUCUUGUGGGAGGGCCUGCGGUCUCAGUUCAACAAACCUAAGUUCAGCGACCUUAAAGUCAAUGUUCAGGGGGACGCGGUGCACGUGCACAGAGUAGUUUUAGCGACGCAGAGCGACGCGCUUUCUGAGCUGCUACCCACUACUCCCUGAUAACGGUAUUAUGAACUGGAGUGCGCACUGCAACGAUAUCAACGAUGCUAAGGAUUUUCUAAGGAGUUUGUACUACGGAUAUGCUCACGUGCACCAAGAUAACGUUCUCGGCCUUCUCAAACUUGCUAAGAUAUACAAUGUUAAGUGGCUCGUCGAAGAAACUGAAACUUUUGCUCAGAAUCAUCUGAACCAUUCCAAUGUUUUGGAGUAUCUAGACUUUGCAGUAUUCUACGAGUGCACUGAGCUUCAAGAGGCUUGUAGCAACAAACUCUUUAAGUUCAACAAGAAAUAUUCGCUAACAAGAAUAGCGCAGCCGCUGGUCAAGACCUGGUUACACAUCACCGCUAAGACUCUCAGUUACAUCAUCUCAAAUGAUAGGUUGUGUGUAGAGGACGAAGUAGAAGUGUUCCAGUAUGUUAUGUGUUGGAUUGAGGCUGGACAGCGCGAGAUAACAUCACCUCUUACUCUUGUUCGGUACGGAUACCUACCAGCUAACUUCUACGCACUGUUUGCUCUACCUUAUGUUAUGAAAGUAGACCCUCCUCUUGGUACCUACUUAUCCGAGUCGGAGAUAUCCUGUCCUGUAUUUAAUGCUGACGAUCUUAGAAAAACUUCACCCGGUGCCAUGGCAAGGUUCAAGAUACCCCGUACAUAUCGGUACUUUAGAAACGAUCCUUCUCAGUACAAAGAAGCCGUUAUCCAGAUAUCUGAAGAUUUUCUAGCCAGGGAGAAGUUCAGAAAGACUUUCCCGAUGUCGAACUUUACCCUCUGUAUAGACGUUGACGAGCGAGUAACGAUAUCAGUAAUACUACCCAAGAGGUCAAGUUCCUCGCGGAGUGAUACAAGCAGUGCCGGAAGCAGAGCUAGAAGCAAAAUAUCUUCCACAAUUCUCAGCAAUCUAGACGAAGAAACUCUCGAUCUCGGAGCCUGUGCCACAGUGGACAACAACACGACGGCACCGCACGGAGUGUCCUCAGAGGGGGAGGCCACAACCAGUCUGGAUAGCAGCGAGCUGAAACUACUCCUGGCUAAACAAGAGUCUCUGUCAGACGGGGCUCACUGUUUGGAGAUAACUUCUCCCAUCAGUCAGACUAGUACAGUGGAUACUCCUUUGACUCCUAUGAGCGCAGAUAACGGGCAGAAGCCCCCGAUUCCGAAGACCGACAGUGGUGGCAGUUCGAGUGGAGGUGGAAAAGACACACUGUUUUACUGUUACUGUCUCUCCCCGUCGACCAGACAACCCCUCGCUCUGUUCCGGUGGUGGAAUUCCGGGGGCUGGCAUAGGACUAACUUUGACAUGUUAAUCAAACAGGCUAGUGGGACGUUGGCACUAGGGGUGAUUGUAGUGAGGUGAUCUCCAGAUCACCUCCACUGGGUGGCUUCAGUUUUAGAUCAGAUCGUGUCCUGUCAAGACAAGCAUUGUCAUGUGUGGUGCAAGUUCAGUGAUGAUAUGACCGGAUAUUUAAUAUUAAUGCAUGAUCAAGCUUACGAUUACGACUGUUAAUGGCAGUGUUGAAAUAGAUAUGUUUUGACAAAGGUGCGCACUACUGUAACGAAACGAUGAGAAACGAUAUAACACUGCCAGGAUAUCUUUGAUGUUGUUCGAAAAUAUCAAAACAAUGAAAGAACUUUAUGUAGGACUGCUUUAUGGACAUCGACUAUACUCACUUUUCCAUUUCUACUAACCAUGGGGCAGUUUUCUUAAUUAACUUAGACAACAGAUGAAUAUUCAACUGGACGAUAUUGAAUCUGAUUAUCCUCGAGAUUGUGGUUAGAGGGCCUCAAUGAACUGUUUCUACGAUACUAAAUAUUCGCUAAUUUUAUUUGUUCUACUUUUAGAUUUAGCCUUGAAUAAACGGUUAUAUUUUUUGUUUCUCUUACCUCAAUCAACAUUUUAGUUUAUGGUUUAUCUCCCGUAACAAAUUAAGUUUAGAGUGUGGCUAACAAUUAUCCAUUUUCUUUAGAAGAACUCAAACUGAGUCAAUUGUGUUAUGUCUAAUUCCGCGAACUAAACUUAUUCCACAAUUGAAGAUUCGUUAGAAAGACUAGAAAUUGUUUACGUAGUAUGCACAGUAAAUGCAAACAUAUGUUUAUUGUUCGUGGACAGUAACUUAAAAAACGACAGGAAAUUUGAACAAGCUGCAGUAAGAGUUGUAAAUGAAGUUAAAGAAUUUGGUGAAUCACGUUGCGACCCCCACGGUCGUUUCACUAUGGUCGUUCUGACGGUACAGGGGGAGCCGCGCACUUUGUGCGCGGCGGGUCAUACGUAUGACAAAGAAUUUGAUGAAUAGACAAUGAGUAUCAGUAUCAUCACGUUAAACUUGAAUAAAAUUUAUUGUAAAAAUCCUC